CUCUGCGUGCUGGCAGUGUGCUUCCUGUACCCAGCAGCAGCCCGCCCUGGGGAGGGACCAGCACAACUUUCUUGAUAAGUCCACCACGGGCUGAUCUCUGAAGGAAGCAACGAAGCAGGACAAGGCAGCCCCAGACCAGGAAUAACAGGUGCUCCACAGCCCCUCGCAGGCUAGGCAGCCCAGCGGGUCCCAGUAUCUGCUUACCUUACCUCGGCAGCAGCAGCCGCAGCCAUGGCGGGGAUGAAGACAGCCUCCGGGGACUAUAUUGACUCUUCCUGGGAGCUGCGGGUGUUUGUGGGCGAGGAGGACCCUGAGGCCCAGUCUGUCACCCUCCGAGUCACAGGGGAGUCGCACAUUGGUGGGGUGCUUCUGAAGAUCGUGGAAGAGAUCAAUCGCAAGCAGGACUGGUCUGACCAUGCCAUCUGGUGGGAGCAGAAGAGGCAGUGGCUGCUGCAGACACACUGGACGCUGGACAAGUACGGGAUCCUGGCAGACGCCCGCCUCUUCUUUGGGCCUCAGCACCGACCCAUUAUCCUGCGGCUGCCCAACCGUCGGGUGCUGCGUCUGCGGGCCAGUUUCUCCAAGCCUCUCUUCCAGACUGUGGCUGCCAUCUGCCGCCUCCUCAGUAUCAGGCACCCCGAAGAGCUGUCCCUGCUGCAUGCUCCAGAAAAGAAGGAGAAGAAGAAAAAGGAGAAGGAGCCUGAGGAGGAGGUGCAUGACCUGACCAAGGUUGUCCUAGCUGGGGGUGUGGCACCCACCUUAUUCCGGGGCAUGCCAGCACACUUCUCGGACAGCGCCCAGACUGAGGCUUGUUACCAUAUGCUCAGCCGGCCACAGCCACCGCCUGACCCUCUCCUGCUGCAGCGCCUGCCGAGGCCCAGCUCCCUGUCCGACAAGACUCAGCUGCACAGCAGGUGGCUGGACUCAUCACGGUGCCUCAUGCAGCAAGGCGUCAAGGCUGGGGAUGUGCUUUGGCUUCGAUUUAAGUACUACAGCUUCUUUGACCUGGAUCCCAAGACAGACCCAGUGCGGCUGACCCAGCUGUAUGAGCAGGCCCGCUGGGACUUGCUCACAGAGGAAAUCGACUGUACUGAAGAGGAAAUGAUGGUGUUUGCCGCUCUGCAGUACCACAUCAAUAAACUGACCCUGAGUGGGGAUGUGGGUGAGCCGGCCUCUGGGGACCUGGGGUUGGAUGACCUGGAUACAGCGCUGAAUAACCUGGAGGUGAAGCUGAAGGGGUCAGCACCGUCAGACAUGCUGGAUAGCCUCACCACCAUCCCGGAACUCAAGGACCAUCUCCGAAUCUUUCGGCCCCGGAAGCUGACCCUGAAGGGCUACCGCCAGUACUGGGUGGUAUUCAAGGACACCACACUGUCCUACUAUAAGAGCCAAGAUGAAGCACCGGGGGACCCUGUCCAGCAGCUCAACCUCAAGGGCUGCGAGGUGGUCCCUGACGUCAAUGUGUCUGGCCAGAAGUUUUGCAUCAAACUCCUGGUACCCUCACCCGAGGGCAUGAGUGAGAUCUACCUGCGGUGCCAGGAUGAACAGCAGUAUGCACAGUGGAUGGCUGCCUGCCGACUAGCCUCCAAAGGCCGUACCAUGGCGGACAGCAGCUAUGCCAGCGAGGUGCAGGCCAUCCUGGCCUUCCUCAGCCUGCAGCGGGCAGGCGGUGGCAGUGGAGGCUCAGGGAACCAACCUCAGAACCUUGAAACCUCUGCUGAGAGCCUUAACCCCUAUGGCCUUGUGGCUCCCCGCUUCCAGAGAAAGUUCAAGGCCAAGCAGCUUACCCCACGGAUUCUAGAAGCUCACCAGAAUGUAGCCCAGCUCUCACUGACUGAUGCCCAGCUGCGCUUCAUCCAGGCCUGGCAAUCCCUGCCUGACUUUGGCAUCUCCUAUGUGAUGGUCAGGUUCAAGGGCAGUAGGAAAGAUGAGGUCCUGGGCAUUGCCAACAACCGGCUGAUCCGCAUUGACCUGGCGGUGGGUGAUGUGGUCAAGACCUGGCGCUUCAGCAACAUGCGUCAGUGGAACGUCAACUGGGACAUUCGGCAGGUGGCCAUUGAGUUUGAUGAACACAUCAAUGUGGCCUUCAGCUGCGUGUCUGCCAGCUGCCGGAUCGUGCACGAGUACAUUGGGGGCUACAUUUUCCUGUCCACUCGGGAGCGGGCCCGCGGGGAGGAGCUGGAUGAGGAUCUGUUCCUGCAGCUUACAGGUGGCCACGAGGCCUUCUGAUGGCAGCCAGGCUGCCCCUGCUCCACUCACCACCUCCGGGGACCCUCCAAGACCACACCCACCUGAACUCACUGCCCCACCACUCCCAGCAUGCACCAUGCUGGCACCUUCACUUGUCACCAGCUGGCCAGGGCUCUGGCUGAGAGAGGCGCUACCACCACCCAGCCUAGGGAUGGUGGGCCCUGAGCCACACAGAGCUGUCCUGCCAUUGUGACACCUCACACUCCUGACCCAUAUACAGACCCUAAGCACAUGAGGAAUGCCAGGUGUGGAUAAGGAACAAGGAAUCCUGGUUUCAGACCAGACUAGGUGUGUCUGGUCCAGAUUUUUUUUUAAAUAAAUAAGUAAAUAUUUUA